CGAAAAUCGUGACGUCAUCCUCUCUGUUCAUUCUGUUCAUCCUUAUGGCGUCCGGGACGUUUGUUUACUACUGCUCAGGCCACGGAUACGGCCAUGCAACCCGAGUAUCGGCGUUUGCUUGUCAUUUACUAAGCCUUCCGGAGGAAGCCAAACCAACAAUAUACAUCGUUUCCUCAGCACCAAAGCACGUCUUCUCCGAGAGCAUCGCAGUCGGGGCACAUUACCGCUAUGCCGAAAUUGAUCCUGUCAUCGUUCAACCCUUGGCAUAUCGCGUCGACCGUCAAAAAAGCGUGCAAGUAUUGAAGCAAUUUCUCAGCAACAAAAAGGCUCUAUUGGAUGACGAAGUCCGUUGGUUGAUCCGUGUCAAUGCGCGAUGUGUCCUAAGCGACGCCGCUUUUCUCGGAUGUUUGGCCGCGAAAACAGCUGGCGUGCCUUCCAUUCUCAUUACAAACUUUUCUUUCGACUCGGUGUACAGCUAUCUCGCUACGACAUUCACUGACCAGAUCCCUACGCUACAGCCCAAUCAAUUCCACCUUGAUGCCUUUAUCCCCGAUAUACCUGUCCCAGAGGCCGAUCUCAUGCCGUUGGUCGAGCAGAUUCACUCCGGCUAUCGCUGUGCAGACCUUCUUCUAGAACUUCCUGGGAAUAUACCCAUACCAUCAUUUUCUCUAGAGCCAUCUCUACCUGCCUCUUCUUGGGUCAACGCUCAAGACAAUAGAUUCUAUACAAACAUUGUGAAGAAGCUAUCUCAGUCAUAUAUCUCACAGGACCUUUACCCGAGCGUUCCCUUCCCUCCUUCAACGCGGCUCGCCGGAAAGCGUAUACCUCGUAUGGUCAAAUCCGCCCCUCUUCUUGUGCGGCCGCCAUCACCGUAUGUGUAUACACGUGAAGGACGAUCGCAUCUACUGUCCUCCAUCGGAGUACCAUCCGAAUUGCAUGAUCCGGAAGCUACUAAGGUAUUGAUUGUGUCUUUUGGCGGUCAGGUUUUCCGAACCCCUAGUAGAUCUGGCAGCAGAUCCCCCAGCAGACUUCACAGCCGAAAGCCAAGCGCCGCUGACCUGCCUAAACCAAUUCAAGGACUUGGCAUUUCCUCAGUCAAUCUGCCACCAUCUUACCCUGGGGGCAACGAUCCUCUGCAGUUGAAUACCGUUUCUAUCGAUUCUCCAUCACACGAUGGAUCUAUUAGAGAAUUUGGGUCCAUCGCUUCCCCUCGCCUAGCUACCUCUUCCCAUAUCUGGAUUCCUGGUGCACCACCUGCUUCAAAAAUAUCUGGCUCUCCAUGUUUGUCUCGAACUCCCUCUACUGGUUUUCCAUCCUUCAACACUAUACCACCAACACCCGCUCAAGAAUUUGCGGAGUUUGUUGCCGAGGAUGAAAUUGAAUCUUGGUUGCUCCCUGACUCCUCUUGGAUUGCUAUUGUGUGUGGCGUCACCAAAGAUCAGUGGGAGUCACAAGGCGAUUCGGAACUCCCUGAGGGUUUCUAUGUGGCGCCACGGGACGUAUACAUGCCGGAUCUUACAGCAGUAGCAGACGUUCUCCUCGGCAAACUCGGUUAUGGAACUGUCUCGGAAUGCGUCGACUCGGCCACACCGUUCGUCUAUGUGUCGAGGCCUCUGUUUAUUGAAGAGCACGGACUUCGCCUGCUACUUGACAAUGAAGGGGUCGGUGUAGAACUCUCUAGAGACUCUUAUGAAGCUGGUGAAUGGGCUCAUGCUGUUCAAGAUGCAUUUCUUAAAGGUCAAGCUGCCAAGAUCAAGAAACGGGAGGAAAUGGCGGCUGGAGUAGGUAUUAAUACGCGCGCUGCGCAAGGAAAGAAAAUGGCGGCAUCAGUCGUGGAGUGGGUGAAUGAUUGUUGGAGAAUUUAAAACUAGAUUGGUUCUCCGUAUCCAUAGAUUUGUGAUUUUUGACUUGCAAUGUGAUAUUUAUGUUCUUGUGUCGGAC